AUGCACCAGUCCUCCCAGCACACCCAAAAUACUGGACAUCUUCAAACAAGCCCUGACGAAGGACGGCGGUCUUCACGACAAGUUUCUACAGCCCUUGUGAAAACUGGCAACCAGGCAUGCGGGAUUAUAGUGGAGCUGAUCAAAAGCAAGAAAAUGGCUGGCAGAGCUGUGCUGCUGGCAGGACCUCCGGGAACCGGCAAGACUGCUUUGGCUUUAGCUAUUGCUCAGGAACUGGGGAGUAAAGUUCCUUUUUGUCCUAUGGUUGGAAGUGAGGUGUAUUCCACGGAGAUCAAGAAAACAGAAGUCCUGAUGGAAAACUUUCGGAGGGCAAUUGGACUGAGGAUUAAAGAGACCAAGGAGGUUUAUGAAGGAGAAGUCACAGAACUAACUCCAUGUGAGACUGAAAAUCCUAUGGGGGGAUAUGGCAAAACCAUCAGCCACGUAAUUAUAGGACUCAAAACUGCAAAGGGAACAAAGCAGUUGAAGCUGGACCCAAGCAUAUUUGAAAGCUUGCAGAAGGAGCGAGUGGAAACAGGUGAUGUUAUUUACAUCGAAGCAAACAGUGGAGCUGUCAAGAGGCAAGGCAGAUGUGACACGUAUGCGACGGAAUUUGACCUUGAAGCUGAAGAAUAUGUUCCCUUGCCAAAAGGUGAUGUGCACAAGAAAAAGGAAAUUAUUCAGGAUGUCACCCUGCAUGACUUGGAUGUGGCCAAUGCUCGACCUCAGGGAGGACAAGACAUCCUUUCUAUGAUGGGACAACUGAUGAAGCCUAAGAAAACUGAAAUUACUGACAAACUUCGAGGAGAGAUCAAUAAGGUGGUAAAUAAAUACAUUGAUCAAGGCAUCGCAGAGCUGGUCCCAGGUGUGCUCUUUGUAGAUGAGGUUCACAUGUUGGAUAUUGAAUGUUUCACAUACCUGCACCGAGCCCUGGAAUCUUCCAUUUCCCCCAUUGUCAUCUUUGCUUCCAAUCGAGGAAACUGUGUUAUCAGAGGCACAGAGGAUAUAAUAUCUCCUCACGGAAUACCCCUGGACUUGCUGGACAGAGUGAUGAUUAUCCGAACCAUGCUGUAUACCCCCCAGGAAAUGAAGCAGAUCAUUAAGCUUCGUGCUCAGACAGAAGGAAUUAAUAUUAGCGAAGAAGCCCUAAACCACCUGGGAGAAAUUGGUACAAAAACAACCUUGAGGUACGCCGUGCAGCUGCUCACCCCGGCCAACCUGCUGGCCAAGAUCAACGGCAAGGACAGCAUCGAGAAGGAGCACAUCGAAGAAAUAAAUGAACUUUUCUACGAUGCCAAAUCCUCAGCAAAGAUCUUGGCCGAUCAACAGCAGAAGUACAUGAAGUGAAAAGCUUUUCAUAGGUUAGAUGCUUUGAAGGGGCUUGCACCCCAAGGCAGACUUAUUAGCUCAGUGAGAAAUGUUCAUGGUUUGUCUCUUUUGGGACCGAAAAUAUUUAAAUGUGGGACUGCUUUGUCAGGACAGAGUUAGCUAUCAGGUGUUCCUAUAUUUUUGU